AUGAGAAUAAUAUACACGAACAGAUGGAAAUAACUGCUUUGCCAUCGCAUCAGGAAAGUAAACUUGGAAAAAUAUUAAUAUGUUUCUCCAUUUAUACAAAUACAAAAAUACUAUUAAGCACGAAAGUAGAAGAUGAUUCAAUAUCUAUUAUUCACGGUUUAAGAUUGAUUUCCACGAUUUGGAUUAUCAACAUUCACACAUAUUUUUACUCAAUUGACUAUAUUGAUAAUAGAACAUGGGGUAUAAGAUUCGGCACCGGUUUUCUCAUUCAAAUAAUCACUAAUGGGAAUACAGUGGUUGAGACGUUUCUUUUUCUAAGCGGAUUUUUAUUGACCUACUCAUAUCUAAAGCAUGCAAAAGAUCAAGAGAAAACUAUGCCGAUUAACUACAGAGCGAAACUAAAUGAGUUCUUUUUUUAUAUAAUAAAAAGAUUUAUACGGCUAACACCGGCUUAUAUGAUGAUGAUUGGAAUAACGCAAUUGAAUUGGUCUUGGUACGACAAAACAUCACAAUUUUACAUGAGUGACAAACUGCACGAACUUUGCGCGAAAUAUUGGUGGAGAAAUCUUUUGUAUAUUAAUAAUCUAUUCGAUUUUAACACAAUGUGUAUGUCUUGGACUUGGUAUCUUGCCAUUGAUAUGCAAUUCUAUAUAAUCGGUGUUAUCCUAUUAAUUUUAUCUACUAUAUACUUUUACACAGCUGUCGUCAUCUUGAGCAUUCUUUUAAUCGGCACAAUUGUGUUGUCUGGCUAUAUUUCAUAUACCUACGAAUAUGUUCCGACAUUUGAGGAAAUGCUCAGACUUGCAAAUGUUUUAUAUGUGCCAUCAUGGGUCAGAAUAAGUUCAUAUCUUGUUGGAAUAAUUAUGGGUUACAUUUUAGUAAAGCUAAAAGAAAAAUUGAUCUUAAAUAGGCAAAUUGUAAUUUUAUGUUGGUGCCUUGGAAGUGCUUGUAACAUUUCUGUGUUGUUCGGCCUUUACAAGCGACAUAUAUCAGUACUAUCUACUGCUAUCUAUAUUGCAUUAAGCAAAACUGCUUGGGCCAUUGGUAUAGGAUGGAUUGUAAUAGCAUGCUCCACUAAAAACGGAGGCAUUAUUGAGAAAAUAUUAUCUACAAGCUUCAUUCCUCUUAGUAGACUCACGUAUUGCGCUUAUCUUAUACAUCCUUUCAUCAUACAAUCGAUUAACUUGUAUGGUGAAACAACCAGCCAUAUAGAAUUGCUGUUCCUAGUUAAUAUGUUUUUGGGAUACGUUGUGAUUUCUUUCGGAUGCAGUUAUAUAUUAACCUUAAUGGCAGAAAUGCCGUAUAUCUCGCUAAAUGCAAAUGUAUACUCAAUCUCGCGGUGGAAGAAUAAAAAGAGUGAAAUUGUAGUACCGCAUACAGAAUUGUGA